AUGGCGCCGACGGAGGCGAGUUUACAGGUUGUGAUGUUCCUUGCCGCUCGGCUCUGUAUCGCCACGCUUCUGGUUGGGAUUUGUGAGUCGGAUGUUAGCCUCGGUCUUCGGAAGAAAACGGGAAAAAGCCCGAAACGCAGCGAGUACGGGAAUCGACCGCGCGGAGUCCCAUAUGCACGGACAUCAGCGUGCCCGAACGCCAAAUUCCAUUGCUUGAAUCGCGGCUUCAAGGCGGAAGACAUACCAUCAAGUCGAGUGAAUGAUCAAAUUUGUGACUGUUGUGACGGAAGUGAUGAAUGGGAUUCGGCGGUGGAUUGCCCAAAUGUAUGCAACGAACUGGGCUCGAAGCAUCGCGAAGAACUGCGUCAGAGAUACGAAUUAGCUAAGAAGGGUCACAUUAAGCGACUGGAGCUGGCAAAAAUCGGACAGCAGCUGAAAUCCGAAAAACUAGAAACCAUGGAAAAAUUGAAAGAGGAGAAGGAAGAAGUGGAAAAAAUCCGAGCGGAAGCCGAGGCGCUGAAGAACGAGAAAACUGAGAAGGAAAGAGAAGCAAGGCAAAAGCAUGAUGAUGCUUGGGAAGGUGCGAUUUUUAAACUUUUUCCAAUGCAGGACACGUUAAAUUGUUUAGACUGUUGUGACGGAAGCGAUGAAUGGGAUUCGGCGGUGGAUUGCCCAAAUGUGUGCAACGAACUGGGCUCGAAGCAUCGCGAAGAACUGCGUCUGAGAUACGAAUUAGCGAAGAAGGGUCACAUUAAGCGAUUGGAGCUAGCAAAAAUCGGACAGCAGCUGAAAUCCGAAAAACUAGAAACCAUGGAAAAAUUGAAAGAGGAGAAGGAAGAAGUGGAAAAAAUCCGAGCGGAAGCCGAGGCGCUGAAGAACGAGAAAACUGAGAAGGAAAGAGAAGCAAGGCAAAAGCAUGAUGAUGCUUGGGAAGAAGAAAAGAAGAAAUAUAAGCGAGGAUAUGCGCAAAUAUUGUUCGAUGCAUUCGAUCUGAAUAAAGAUGGAAAGGUUCACUUUGAAGAGCUGAAAGCAUUCAAAGAAUUUGAUGGGGGUGGCGAUGGAGUCGUUUCUGAUGAUGAAGCAAAGGUUACCCUCAACUACCUUUUACAUUACAUUAAAUAUUUGAUGGAAGUUAUCGGCAGAGUCAUUAUUCGGAAAUAA